CUUACACUUCUUACUGAAGUAUGCCUAAUAAAGUGCCAUGUACAUCGAGCUCAUUUAUGCAUAGCUUAUUCGCGAUACGAUUGAAUGCAUGGAUAUUAAACAGAAAGCCUCGAUGUAGAAAAGUUUUUGCUCGCGACUCGGGAUGUGUGCGCAAGCCAGAGAAAAGUGAGAGUGAUGGCUGUCUCCCUGCAUUGCACGCUGCGGACAGACGAUCAUUGAAGCCAUGUGACAAUAAUGGCACCCGCUGACAGGCAGUCUCUCACCCCGUCACUGUCGUCCCCCUCGGCUAUUACCCGCCCCUCACCUGCGCGUGCUUCACCUCGGCUCUUUUCCUUGACGCACGCGAACGGAGGCUUCCAGACGCACCCGCUGCGCGCUUCUCAACGCGCAGCUGCCCUGCCAAGCGUCGCACUCUAGUGAGUGCCUCGUCGAGCGCAUGCAGCUCCAAAACCUUUCAAGGGUGCACUUCACUCGUUAGGACGACUUCUCUUCACUCACUUUGAUGGGGACUUCGAUACCAAGCAGGGAAAAUGCCUGUGAUGAAGGGAUUACUAGCACCGCAGAACACCUUUCUGGACACUAUAGCAACGCGCUUUGAUGGCACUCACAGUAAUUUCAUUCUGGCCAACGCUCAGGUGUCCAAAGGCUUCCCCAUCGUCUACUGCUCGGAUGGCUUCUGUGAGCUCACAGGCUUCUCCAGGGCGGAAGUCAUGCAAAAGAGUUGCGCGUGUAAGUUCCUCUACGGCCCCGAGACCAGUGAAAAUAUCAUCAUCAGCAUCGACGAUGCCUUGGAGGGGCGCAAGGAGUUCAAGGAUGAGAUCAUGUUUUACAGUAAGACAGGGGUGCUCUUCUGGUGUCUGUUGGACAUUGUGCCAAUUAAGAAUGAAAAGGGGGACGUGGUGCUCUUUCUGGCUUCGUUCAAGAACAUCACUGACGUUAAAGCCAAAAGCAUCCAAGAGGACAAGAAAGAAGGGGUGCUCUUCUGGUGUCUGUUGGACAUUGUGCCAAUUAAGAAUGAAAAGGGGGACGUGGUGCUCUUUCUGGCUUCGUUCAAGAACAUCACUGACGUUAAAGCCAAAAGCAUCCAAGAGGACAAGAAAGAAGGUCAGUGA